UUUGCAAAAUAUAGUAGAUUAUGCAAACAUCAAGCUAAGUCAAAAAAAAAGUAAGAUUAGGAACAAUGCGAAGACAGAACAAUGCUCGCUAAAGUAUUUCGAUUCACUUGCGCCUUAAGCGCAAAGCAGAAACAGCUUCCGUUCGCUCCGCUUCGGUGUAUACAGUUGCACAUUUUCGUGAAAUGCGGAUUCAGUGUUUUCUCCUCUGGCAAAUCUCAUUGCAUUGUCAUGCCAUACACGCCGAGAUGACAGCAGCUGAUGGCAGAUCUACACCAAAUUGGUGGGAGGCAGUGCCCAGAGUCCUGACCGACAUUGUGACAGUGAAAGCGAAUAUCCUCACGGCUGCUCCUCUCGAGCUGGCAGCCAAUGCGAUAGAUAUGCUGUGCUCUUCCACGCUGUUUAUGGACAGAGUACCGCCGAAGAUCACUCCAGAUAUAAAUAAAAUGCACUUUCAGUACAUGACGCCCUGCCACAACUACAGUGUUCCACUGCUGGAUGCAGCGAAGCUCUGGAAUCACUCCAAGUUUGGCAAGGGUCGCAAGGUGGUCAUCUUGGCGACCGGCUGGACAAACACUGUCAACGAAUCCUCCGCCAUCGCCAUGAUUUCGAGGGCCUUCAUGUGUCGCCGCGAUGUGAACUUUGUUAUUGUUGACGCUGCCGAUUACGUGGACACACUGUACUCUUGGUCGGCCCUAAACACGGACCUUAUUGGCGAGCACAUUGCUGUUGGUCUAACGCAUUUGAUAGAGCUCACUCCCCUGCGAAAUAUCCACUUGAUCGGACAUUCGUUGGGGGCACACAUUAUGGGUACUGCUGGGCGCACAUUUAAGCGGCUUACUGGCCGACUGGUACCCCGUAUAACAGGUCUGGACCCCGCGAAACCCUGUUUUCGGCAGGAACACAUUCUGCCGGGACUGACCCGGGGAGAUGCGCAGCUGGUGGACGUCAUCCAUACCAACAUUGGUAUUCUGGCGAAGCGUGGGCCCCUGGGCGAUGUAGAUUUCUAUCCGGGUGGAGCACAUCCCAUACAGCCCGGUUGCCUGACCAUCGGCUGCUCUCAUACACGCGCCGUAGAGUACUUUGCAGAGAGUGCAUAUCCCCAACAAGAGAAGAACUUUAUGGGCACCAAAUGCAGUUCUUGGGAUGAGCUCCGACGACGCGACUGCAGGGCGGGCGCGGGCACACCUUCCUCGAUGGGAUACAUAAUUGACAGAAAAGCGAGAGGCAUCUAUUACGUAGAUGUGAAUGGAUGGCCCCCGUAUGGUCGGAGUAGUAGUAAGACUGCAAAUCCCAGAUCAAAGAUUUGCCACCUUUGCCGGACAUGAGACACUAAACACGAUUAGUAGCC